ACCAUUACCAAAAUAACCCCGACCCUUGCUCCAUAUUCCGAGAUUUCGCUGAAAUGCAUCAUAGCAUUUGCAUCACUGAAAUGUCUCGGCACACGAAAGGUAAUUGAAACGGUAUGCGCACAUGUGCAGUUUAUGCGUAUAAACUGAUUUUCUCUCAGAAAAGCUGAUUGCCUUGAGCAGGGAGUACAGUACAUUUGUGCAGAUCUACGAUUCAUACUCCUUAUCGCGUGAUGUCAGUGAAACAGGACAGUUCAUAGGACCCUGAAGACUUCACGAGACUUCACCUGUUCGCAUGCACAGUUCCACUUUUUCACCUGUAGUUGCUCUCUUCAGCCUGUAUCCAUUAAUUCUUUAGCUAGUGAGAAAAAUGGUCUCGUACUUAGUCUGCAGCUUGCUCUUAGCAUCCAUAGCUUUCCCGGGCACCUCGUUCGGAGAGGUAGUGUUUCGCUGCCCGAGUUGCACCGCGGAGCGACAGGCUGCAUGCCCGAAGCUCACGGAAACUUGCGCUGAAAUUGUGAGGGAGCCCGGCUGUGGCUGCUGUCCGGUGUGUGCCCGGCAAGAGGGCGAAUCUUGCGGCGUCUACACCCCGAGAUGCUCCAGUGGGUUACGCUGCUAUCCAAAGCCGGACUCCGACUUGCCUUUGGAGCAGCUUGUGCAAGGGCUCGGUCGAUGCGGACGCAAAGUGGACGUGGAGCUCGCUGGGAGUCCGCAGCCAAUUGGAGAGGUGGUGCCGUCAGAGGUGAGCCUGACAGAGAGCCCGCCCCUGAGGAAGCCCAGCAAAGACGGGCCGCUGAUGGGAGCCAAGGAGACGGCCAUGAGGCAGCACCGUCAGGAGAUGAAGCUGAAGAUGAAGUGCAAUAAAGCAGAUGAAGCCAAAAGCCCUCGCUUCACGCUGAGCCAGUGCCAACAGGAGCUAGACCAGGUUCUGGAACGGAUCUCCAAGAUGCCCUUCAGCGACAACAGGGGGCCACUAGAGGACCUGUAUGCCCUGCACAUCCCCAACUGCGACAAGAGGGGGCAGUACAACCUGAAACAGUGCAAGAUGUCUGUCCACGGUCAGAGAGGGGAGUGCUGGUGUGUCAACCCCCACACCGGCCGGCAGAUCCCCGCUUCCCCCACGGUGAGGGGGGACCCCAACUGCAGCCAGUACCUCAACAGCCCGGAGACAGAGCCCCCCACCGCACCCCAAAAAUAGUUGCACCCCCCUGCCUCUCCGACAGAAACGGAGCUUUGAGAAGUCUGAGCAACGCAAAAGAACCGGUUCUCAAGCAGUUAAGCGAAUCGCAAAUGCGUGUGUGUACGUGUGUGACCGUGUGUGACCGUUUGUGACAGUGUGUGUGUGGGUGUGUUUGUUUGCGCACAUGCGCAUGUUUGUGUGUGUGUAGAUCUGUUCAGUAUAAAGUAUACACAGUCAUUCCUCAGUGACAUGCCAGGUAAAGUGUGGGUUCAGAGGCAGAGGGACAAACCAGACGAGGAGGGAGAAGAGCAUUCUAGCACAGCCGGAAGGCCUGUCUGUCAUCCGCAGAUUCAAACGCAGAUUAAAUAUGAGUAAAUAUACUUGGAGUGGGGCUGGCUUUAUCACUUCCUAUUCAUAGGCUGUACACUGUAAAUAAUGUGGAGGCUUGGAGUAAUUGUCUUUUAUUACUGCGUCUGGUUGUGUUGGUAUUCCAGGCAGCCCGGCCUCUCGUUUAUGCAGCUGUUAACAUGCAGCCCGAGUUCCAUUCCUAUUUAUUCAACAUUUCUGUUUUGCACCUCGGUAAAAAUGCGCUGUCAAACCCUGUGCAUUCCCUUCUCCUGUUAAAACAUCCUGACUGAACCACUGACGUUCGCUGUCAGGGUCCUUUUCCUUUACAAAGAUGUUGUUUUCUGUUUUUUUUUUUUUUACGGUUCUCCGAAUUGUGAACGUUUUUCAGUCUGUCUGGCUCCUCCCCCUGUCCCCCUCAGACACUGUCCCGGCUGUCUCCCCCUGUCCCCCU